AUGUCCUACUACUUCACCAUCUUCAGCCCAACCGACACGCCCCUCUUCACGCACGAAUUCGGCACUUCGCGCUCCUCGGGCGACGGCCUCCCCCACUUCUCCCCUACCGACCGCCACCUCGCCCCCUUCAUCCUGCACUCCGCCCUCGACAUCCUCGAAGAAGUCCAGUGGGGCCCCUCCUCCACCGCCGGCUCCGCCCCCAUGUAUCUCAAGCACAUCGACAAGUACGCAAACAACUACGUGAGCUGCUGGAUCACCGGCGCCAACGUGCGCUUCCUCUUGUUGACGCGGCCGCGGGAUGAAGUCCUGGGUUCGGGAGGGGGGUUGGGGGGUCAGAGGGGCAGUCUUGCCGGAGGGAGGUUGGGCGUGGGAGGUGGCGGCGGCGUGUAUAGGCCCGACGCGCCCGCGACGGAGGAGGCGGUAAAGAAUUUCUUUGUCGAUGUGUAUGAGAGCUGGGUCAAGACGGUUAUGAAUCCGUUCUUCCACGCCGGGAACGGGGAUGUGGUGAAGAGCCCCGUGUUCCGGGCGAGGGUGGCGGCCGCGGCGAAGAAGUAUUUGUGA